AUGCGUCUCCUCUACGAUCAUUUAUUUGAUGGCUAUCAACGGGAAUUGAGACCGGUCAUUGAUGAAGCCGAGCCCGUCCAUGUGAAGCUGAAAUUCUGGCUGAAGCAGAUUCUGAAGGUCGACGAGCGGGAUCAGAUUGUUACCGUAUACUGUUGGCUCGAGUUGUACUGGCGUGACGAAACGCUGUCGUGGGACCCGGGGCUUUUCGGGAAUCUGACUCGCAUCCACGUGCCCGCCGACAAGAUAUGGAAACCGGAUAUACUCGUCUACAACAACGCAAAUAUGAACGUCGCUGAGAAUGAGCUCGACACGAAUGCCAUUCUACAAUCCGAUGGACGGGUGCUCCUCUUCCGUUCGAUCAUCACCUCCAUAUCGUGCCAGCUGAAUUUGGCCAAUUUUCCGUUCGAUCAGCAAGUCUGCUACCUAACCUUCGCCAGCUGGUCAAUGGACGGCUCGAAGUUGUUGCUGGAGCCGUAUCCGGGCACCGACAACUUGGAGCUGUACAUCCGGAACACAGAGUGGUCGCUCACCGAUUUUAAGGCAAAAGCCUACUUCAAGCGGUACGACUGUUGCCCCCAUCCAUUCCCGGAUAUCACCUAUUUUAUGGUGCUAAAGAGGUCGCCGAGUUACUACAUUUUCAGUCUUGUGAUCCCAUCAGCCUUUAUCACGGUGGUGACAAUCGUCGGAUUCUUCACCCCUCAUUCGACAACUGGAGAGAAUACCGAAAAAGUAUCCCUCGGCGUCACUGCCCUUUUAUCAAUGGCUAUUAUCAUGAUGAUGGUGUCGGAUGAAGUGCCGGCAACGUCAGAAGUCAUCCCGUUAAUAGGGAAAUACUACAUCGGCCUAAUUUUUCUGAUCUUCGUUGCGGCAUUUACUACAACACUCACGCUGUCUUUUCAGAUGAGGGGGAAUUCGGGGGAAGAGCUGCCAACAAACGUGCGUUCAUUUUUCUUCAUCCGGAUCGCCGGCAACAAAUACAUAUCGUGGGCCUUCUCAUUUCAGCUGCCCAAGAAAUAUGUCACUCGUCCGGAGAAGGAGCAGACAUUUAUCUUCGAAAAUCUGCGUAAUUGCCUGAAUGGCUACUAUCGAGGAUUCGCCACGCAAAACGGAGAAAAUGGCGUGCCGAUGGAGGAGGUCAAAAAGAAACCCAGGAAAAUGAUAAUGUCGUGCAACACGGCACAAUGCGCCCAUUUGAUGACGGAGAGAUUGCGGCUGGUAGUGGAGGAUAUACGCGAUAUCUCGCAACACGACCGUGACUCGAAACGAAUCCAAUUCGAGUGGCAACAAGUGACGCGCAUUAUCGAUCGAAUGAUAAUGUUCGUCUACAUUUUCGUCACCAUCACUUUUGCUAUUUAUAUGCUGACCACCAGGGACCCGGAUAUUUGGCUGGACGAUCAAAUGAUGGACGACAUUAAAAAA